AUGAGCGACAAACGACCCACUACAGCAUUGCAGAGAGUAUUUGGUAAAUUCGCCCUGAUAUCGGGCUUUGGUUGUGGCAACAACACGUCGCAGCUGCACACCGAUGCGAAUGUGGCUGACGAUAGCAGUGCCAAGAUUGCCCGCUCGUCCUCUUAUAGGAUCCAUCAGCGAGUUAGUAAACUCAUCAAGUUGAACAAUAGAACGAAAAAGAUGGAGCAGGAGUUGUUGAGUGAUUUGAGCUUGUGGCUGGAGUCUAUCCCCGACCACGAAUGUUCGCAAAUUAUCAAAGAGUUCAGCCUGGUGUUCUCGAAUCACUUGCAUUCCAAUCUUCAAUUGAAUGAGAAGAUGGAUAAGAUCAAGUUGAGUUUGUCGUUUGUUAACGAGCGCGAAAAGAAGCAGAAGGAGUUGCUCCAUGCGAAAUUCAAGUUGGAGAAACAGUUGAAGGACAGCAAGAGCAAAUACGGCCCAAAGGCGUCGUCGACCAUUUUGAUCAAUGAGAAAUUGGAGGAAGUGGAGUGCAGCUUGCAAGUGGUUGAACAGCAGUUUAUUAGAUCAAUCUCGAACGACCUCAGGGAAAGUUUAAUCGAUUACAUCUACACUUUGAGUGCAACUGCGAGAAGAAUGAGUGAGAUUGGCGAAGAUUUCCUUGAGUGCUUAAAUGGCGAUCAGGGGAAUAUCGUCAAUGGCAUCAGCAACAUCUUGGGCGAUGAAAUCGCCCGAGUUUCACCGAUGAAGUAUUCUAAAAUCGGCACCGUCAAGAAAAAAUACCCGAGUCCCUAUACUGAAGCGGACCAGGUCAAGUUGCGCGGAUACGAGUUACCCACGCCACAAUCCGUGUGCAUUGAAUGUAAGAAACAGACUCCCUGUAUCCACACCGACGUGCAUCAACAACAGCAGCAACAGCAACAGCAGCAGCAACAGCAACAGCAGCAACAGCAACAGCAACAGCAACUGCAUUCUAACCCCAGCACCACCCUGCCAUUACGUCCUAGUGUCCCGCAAACUCACCAGUCAGCCGCGAUAUCGCGCACUCAAACCACAAGAGAGCAACAUUCGAGCACCAGACAAGCGUUAGCUAAGGACACCACGGACGAACCAUACGGGAACACCACGUUCCGCGCUGAGCACAUGAGAGAUAUUUCGCUAAUAAGCAGUGACCACUGGAACUGA